AUGAGAUUAUAUAAAGCCAUGGCGUUAUGUCUACCGCUUGUAGUGAUAUGCACCUCUGAGGUUUCUCAGUCUACUGCCGAGACCAUGAAGAGCAAGGCCCAAGAUUCGUACAAAAGGGUAGUGGAGCACGGGAAGACGUGUCUUGAAAGGAUGUGUGGACUCCUCUCUCGGGGGAAAGGCAUGCUCUAUACUAGAGUCAAGAACAUUGUGUCUAGUAUCAGAAGGGGCGGAGAAAAGAACGAGGAGGUUGCUGGGCCUGUGGAUGGCGAGGGAUCGGAGGAAGAGGCGUUUGACCUUUCUCCUGAGGAUAUUGAGAAACUAAUUGAGGAGAUCAAGAAGAAGCUUGCAGGGUAUAUGGACGUAACAGGGGAACAGAAUGAGGAGGAAGAGAAGAAGGAGUUGUGA